AUGGCCGUCAAGUGCCUUUCGAAACACUUGAAAGGCGGAGGGGUGCUGAAGCUUAGCUCGGAUGAUUGCGUUCUGCUGCAGCACACUAUCGGGUUGCUUGAGGACAUGCGUCCGCGAGAGAUCAAAACUGAUGCGAGUGACCGACCGGUCAUAGUUUUCACGGAUGGUGCUCAUGAAGAGGCAGAUGGCUUUACAGCUCACGGUGGAGUCUUGAUUGACCCAGUCAGGGGAGUGCACCGUUUCUUCGGAGAGCGAAUCCCAACGGCGUUCGUAGACUCUUGGGGAGCUUAUGGCAAACGUCAGCUGGUUGGCCAGGCGGAAGUCCUGCCGGUUCUCGUCGCCAAGAUUGUGCUGUGGUUUAUAGACAACGAUUCGGCGAAAGCAGCAUUGGGCUCAGGCUCAUCCCCGGUGCUGGCAACAUUUGCAAUGCUGUGUGUCGGCGCGCACAUCGACGUGUCGCUUGAAGCAGCGCACUGGUACGCCCGAGUGCCGUCCAAAGCAAAUCUUGCUGAUGAUGCUUCGCGCUUGAACUUUGGCUUCUACGGUGCUGAGUACACCCGGACCAAUGUGGACUGGACUUGCUCGAGCCUCGAAGCCCUUUUGCGCUCAUGCACCGCGGUCACCGAUGCCUCAACACUCGAGUUGUAG